GUCAGUUGACGUCAGUGUUACAAAACGCAAACACUGGCCUUUAAAGUGAACGCGAAGAACUCAAGUAUGUUUGUGUGUUUUUGCGGCUUUUUCUUGUGGUAUGUUUCUUACUAACUUGUUUUGUAAACGCCGCCAUGCAAGACGAAACUGACACAGAGCAGACCUCUGGGUACUGGUCUUGGUGGCCGUCUUGGAGACCAACAUCUAUGUCGCUGUUGAAAAGUGCAGAGGCUAAAAUUCUUGCUUGUCUUAAAAAUGACAUGUGGUCCAGGUUUGUGACUUUGCCAAAUCAAAACAGAAUAUGGACCCUUAAAGUGACCAACAAGACAUCGCGCAAAUCUACAGACCAAGCCAGUCAGACGCCACUUGUUAUGGUCCAUGGGUUUGGAGGGGGUGUCGGCCUCUGGAUUCGUAAUCUAGAUGCAUUGAGUCGCUCUAGACCCGUCUACGCCUUUGACCUGCUGGGUUUCGGUCGCAGUUCUCGUCCUUCAUUUCCGACGGACCCCUCAUUGGCUGAAGAGCAGUUUGUUAGUUCCAUAGAGCAGUGGAGACAAUCGAUGGGACUGGAACGCAUGAUCCUAUUGGGCCACAGUCUGGGUGGUUACCUGGCAACAUCCUACACCAUACAGUAUCCUGAGAGAGUCAGUCACCUCAUCCUGGUGGAUCCGUGGGGUUACCCUGAGCGAUCACAGCAGCAGUCACAGGGAUCAGGAGGUCAAGGGUCAGAGCUGAAAAGGGUAUCACCACCUCGCUGGCUUAAAGCUGUGGCAUCAGUGAUCAGCCUCUUCAACCCUCUUGCUGUCAUCAGAGCGGCUGGACCGUGGGGUCCAGGAUUGGUGAAUAGACUUCGUCCUGACUUCAAGAGGAAAUUUGAGGAUUUGUUUGAGGACGACACCAUGACACAAUACAUUUACCACUGUAAUGCUCAAAGCCCGAGCGGAGAGGUGGGUUUCAAAGCCAUGACCGAGUCUUUUGGCUGGGCGAAGCGGCCAAUGGUCCAGCGUGUGAACUUACUGCCACCCUCGAUGCCCGUCACCAUAUUGUAUGGUGCUCUCUCCUGGGUGGACAGCAGCACGGGAAACACAGUGGUUCAGAUUAGAGGCAAAAGCCCCACCACUAUCAUACUCAUCGAAGACGCCUCCCAUCACGUGUAUGCCGACCAGCCGGAGGAGUUUAACCAGACCGUUCAGAGCAUCUGUAAUACUAUAGACUGAGAAUCAACAUAAAUAUAUUUAUAAGAUAAACAGAAUGUCACAGGAUUUUUUUAACGAAUGAGGUCUGUAAAACGCAGCCUAAAUAUUGUUGGAAAAGUUUCCCGAUCUGGGAUAAAAUCACUCGAGUGCCAGUUUGAUACAAAAGACCUCAUAUGUUCAUAAAGUCAUUUUAAUAUGUGUGGCCUUUAAUGUGUAAAGACUAAAGGAUUAUACUGCUGAAUGUAGUUCACUUUCUUCCUGUGGUUUGUAUCUUGUAUUUUAAUCUUUUUUUUUUUUUACAAGUGUGCACUGAGAGGGCCCUGUUAAACAUGGUAAUAUAUAUAUUGCAAAUGUUUAGGCAGUCAUAUUGACUAAAAGGUUUAAUGUAAAAUUACCAACAAUUGUCUGUAUUGUAUAAUGUGCAUCCUAAUAUAUUGUAAAGACUUAAACACA